AUGUCCACCGUUAUCUGCGAGCCACCACAAACCGCCUUCUCGACCUCAGCCUACAAAAAACAGCGCCGCCGCUUGCAUCUGUCGUUUGGUUCGACAAGCGAAAGCAGCAGCAAGAGCACCCUCCUGUCCAUUGUCACCCCCGAAUAUCCUCCGAUUCCCUCGCGGAACGGCGAUUCCAUGGCGUCGACACCAGGGGUGAGAGCGCACGCCCACCCUUCUUCCACUCGCGUAAAUACGGCCGGUACACCAGACGUCAUACACCAUGACCGCCCCCGACAACAUAACGUCGGCGAGAGGACCGAAGUUCCAUUCCCUCUGCGUGCCUCGGGGCAUACCCGUACCCAAUCUACGUCCGCCGUCGGCGAGCCCAGCGCGGUCCUGGGCUCUUCGUCGGCACGGCACAGUCGGGCCCGCGCCGCGUCCUCUGCAACCAUUGGCUUUUGGCCCCGCUCCCGUGCCCGCCUCCCUUCUAUACUCACUUCGGUGUUGACCCAAAGCAAAGCUCCUGUGCAACCUCGCGAGUCCGCGAACGACCCGGAGCUUGUAGGCUCCUUCACCCCAACGAGCAGUCCACGCCCGCGCCUGCGUAGUCUUCUCGCUGGAGCCCCACCAGCAGAGUUCUCUGGUGCGCCGACGCCGUCACGCUUUGUGCCCUCGCAACCUACACCACAGCCUCGUUCCUUAUCUACGCCGCGCUCCCACAGUUUGGCGCAUCGUCCCCGCCGCCGUUCGGACGCGCCACUGUCCAGUCUGUCUAUGCACCGGCGGGCUGUCGAGGCGAGUCCGAUCGACCCGCCCGCCUCGCCCGAUCUCCCAUCCAUCUGCCGUACGCCUUCUUCUUAUUCUGGUUCUGAAUACUUCCCCACCGCGCCCUCAUCGGCCGGCCCUCCCACUCCCGUUCACGCCGUCACGACGCUCCCUGUCAGGGAGAGUCGUAAGUCUGAGUCGUCGUUGCACCCGGUUCUCGAGAAUCUGGAGAAUACUUCAAUGUUCCGUGUACAGACCGCUUGCUCGACAUGCGGCAAGCGGGGCUCCAACUUCCCGUGCUGCCCCAAGUGCGGGGAGAUGUGGUGUUCACGGCCUUGCCGACUGCAAAAUGGGAACGGGAAGAGGCACAUCUGCGCGAAGAACGGCGCGUAACCUCCUGGCAUGUGGUGCCUCGUCACCGCUUGCCUAGCUUUUCUUGUCGUUUCCUAACACAUGCUCUCAUCUCCACCUAUCUUCAUCGUAGUCCCGGCUGCUUCACGUACUGAUUGUGAUCUGCUCCGUCACCGUUUCUUUGGUACUUCUCUGUGUAUAUGACCAGUUUUUCUUGUCCCUGCUCUGCGCCUCGGGAAUUAGCUCUGUUGUUGCUUUUCUCAAUUUCCACUCAUGCUGCUCAAUAUUGUCUGCUAGAUGCUUGCGUAGAGAUUCCGGUCCGCUGCACUGUAUCUGUAUCAUAGGCAAGUAUAUAGUCUGUUCCUACUUCCCAUGGACUGCGACGAUCUCUUCUCAUGACUGUCACGAAUAUAUC